AUAUGUAUAUUUCAUCAGAUCUACUUGCUGAGGCGCAAAAAGUGGCAAAUGUAGAUUCAAAAAACACUAAAGGAACUACUAUGCAACUUAAACAACGAUUAACAUUAAAAACAUUAAGACCGCAGAUGUCACAUGAUACGUUGAAACCAAAUUCGUACUCGUGA